UUUAAUACUAUUUCAAUCUUCAAAACGUGUAUCUACUGUACCAUUUCUUUUUCUGUUGACUCUUAAAAUUCUUCACACACAAACUCAAAAAUCUCCAUAGCAAUGGACCUUCAAGAAUCAAUCAGCAACCAAACAGGCGUAUCCUUAACACUAGCCAAGCAUGUUUUCUCCACUGAGGUUAAAGGGGACACCAACAUGGUCUUCUCCCCUUUGUCGAUCCAUGUAGUGUUGGGUCUCAUAGCAGCGGGUUCAAAUGGCCCGACCCGUGACCAAUUGCUCAGUUUCCUCAAAUCGAAGUCUACUGAUGAACUCAACUCUCUUUCUUCUCAGAUUGUUUCGGUUGUCUUUGCUGAUGGUAGCCCUAGUGGUGGGCCUCGCCUUUCGGUUGCUAAUAGCGUCUGGGUUGAACAGACUUUGCCUCUUAAGCAUUCUUUCAAACAGAUUGUGGACAAUGUUUAUAAGGCUACUUCUUCUUCUGUUGAUUUUCAGAAAAAGGCUGUUGAGGUUGCCAGUCAAGUGAAUCAAUGGGCUGAAAAGGAAACAAGUGGGCUUAUCAAAGAAAUACUUCCAGCUGACUCAGUUGACAGCUCAACAAGACUUGUGUUUGCAAAUGCAUUGUACUUUAAAGGAGCCUGGGAUGAGAAGUUUGAUGCAUCAGUGACCAAGGAAAGUGAGUUCCACCUUCUCAAUGGAACAUCUAUUCAAGUGCCCUUCAUGACUAGCAAGACGAAGCAGUAUGUAAAAGCUUUUGAUGGUUUCAAGGUGUUGGGUCUUCCGUAUAAACAAGGUGAGGAUAGGCGUCGUUUCUCCAUGUACUUCUUUCUGCCUGAUGCCAAUGAUGGACUGCCAGCUUUGGUAGACAAGGUCAGUUCCGAAUCCCAAUUCUUGGAGCGACACCUUCCAUAUCAAAAGGCUGGAGUCGGUGAAUUCCGUAUCCCCAAAUUUAAAAUAUCGUUUGGAUUUGAAGCUUCCAACAUUCUGAAAGGGCUUGGCCUGGUAUUGCCUUUCUCUGGUGAUGGCCUCACUGAGAUGGUGGACUCCCCUGUUGGCCGUAACCUUUAUGUUUCUAGCAUCUUUCACAAAUCCUUCAUUGAGGUAAAUGAAGAGGGAACAGAAGCUGCAGCUGCAACUGCUGGUGUUGUUAAACUAAGAGGAUUGCUGGUCGAAGAGAAAGUAGACUUCAUUGCUGAUCAUCCAUAUCUCUUCCUGAUUAGAGAAGAUGCAACAGGCGUGGUACUGUUUGUUGGUAGUGUGCUUAAUCCUCUUGCAGAGUAAGUCGUAUUCCACUAUAUGAAGGUUGAUAUAUGUUGUUUGUAUCUUCUUUGUAUCCCUCGGACUACUUUAGUACCCAGAGUUAGCUCAAACCACCUCCCUGUCCUUCUAUCUUACCAAUACUGUGAGUAAAAUUUGCCAACUGCUCUUUGUACGUUUGAAGUUCAGUGUGACUUGUAAUGCCCUACAGUGUACUAUGAAAUAAUUGACAUCAAAGGUCUGU